AUGGACUCCUUCAUCACCCCCCUGAGAACUUCGGACUUUGUUUUAGCCUCAAGGGUCUUCGACAAACCACGGAGAAAGCGCUACGUCAGUGAGAGUUCUGAGGAGGAGGAGGGAGCGACUGAGGGGAUCCCUUUGGCCCAGCCAUUGAUGGAUAUGCCAGAACCCGAACCCGAAACCCAGCUGCUUGUGAGGCACCCCGAUGAGCAUGAUGGCCUCUUGUUGUCCAUCCCCCUGGAGGAGGAAGGCGAACGCAGCUCAGGGGAGUCACUAGUGGACAAGAUGAAUGGAAAAGACAACACUCAGUUUGACGAUGCCUUUCUAGAGGACCCGGAGACCCUGGACAGCAUUGCAUCAAGCAGCGAAGAUGAACCGGGCCCACCUUGUUUUUGCUCAACGCCGAUACAAAAUGUUGAAGAGCAUUCCAAGGAUGACGGCUAUGAGGAGUUUACAAGGAGGCUUGGCAUGGAACUGAUUGAGCCAGUGCCACGUCGUGAAUGUAAAAAAGUCAUGCGGACUAUUGUACGCGUUGCUGUUUAUGCUGUUCUUAAUCACUAUCUUAGGGAAAAGCUUUUUGAAGAUUGUGAGGGCUGUGUCAUAGAUGUACCAGGCCAGCGGCACCAUGACUGUGUGACUUGGACUUCAGUGGAUAUAAACUGCAAGCUCCGGGGCCUGUGUGCUGAGCUGUGUUAG